GCGCCAUCGUCAUCACGGCAGUCGUCUUCUUCCUGUUUGGUUUGAUCCUGUUUUUUGGUUGGCGUUGUGGCUAUUGCGUACAUCAUAUCAAGGCUGUCACUUCAUAAGUGUGUGUGUGUGAGAGAGAGAGAGAGAGAGAGAGAGAGAGAGAGAGAGAGAGAGAGAGAGAGAGAGAGAGAGCCAUGGAGGGAGGGGGGUUCACGUCGAAGCUGAUGGGCGAUUACGACGGCCCAGCGACGAUGGAGCUGGGACAUGCAGGGGACCCAUGUUACGUGGAGCGUCGUGACGGUCGACAUGCAUACGGGGGGUCAGAAGAGUGCGUGGACAGCCAUGCCGACCGAUACAGGUCGUUACACCUUGGUCCGGGUGCCGAUCGCGGAGGAUCGUCUGACGUGGAUGCACGUUCGUAUUGCAGGAUGCAGGAAGCUGGCGACCCGUCUCGCCCGGGAUUCUCACCUGUGUUCGGCUUGUGGGGACGUGGCGACGGGCAGGAGGGUCAUGCACGAGCUUGGCGUGGAGCGCAGAACGAGAAUCUGCCAGCAUCUCCAUUUGGCAUGCAACUAAGAACGGGAUCCACGGGGCAGCAGCGCCUGCCAUCACCGACUGCCAACUGGAAUGUGAAUGACGUCACCGACGUGGGUUCUCGUCAAAGGCUGAUGAAUAGUCGUAGCCGAUCAUCGUCCUCUCCACCGGUGCAUCGACCGACAGUUGCAGAUGGUCUGCAGUCUGCAGGCAGCAUGCAAGUGGGAGUCGGUCAUGGAACGUCCGCGGGGUGGCAGGCAGGGCACGACGCAGCGGGAUCCACAGUGGGUGGUGGGAGAUGUAACUUCCCGGCAGAAGAAACAAGGCAGCCUGGUAGUGAGGUUCAUACAUCUGAUGACCGGCGCAGCAGUCCGGUUGUCGACUGACCUCAGACGGAGACAGAAUCUUCGACGAGA